UGACGGGGCGGGCUCGCCGCGGGAGGAAGUCUUGGUGGGACCCGAGCGGGGGACCUUCCCUCCCGCGGCUCUUCCACCGCCCUCGGGGUGCAAAGCCGGCAGGGGCGGCUCGGAGGCGCCAGCAGAACCGCGGGGCUCCGGCAAGAUGGAGGCCUUCAGCUCGCGCAACCUGGCGCUGCAAGCGGAGAAGAAGCUGCUGAGCCGCAUGGCCAGCAAGUCCACCAUCACCAUGUUCAUCGACGAGACCAGCGGGGCCGUGCUGGACGAGCUCUACCGCAUCUCCAAGGAGCACACGCAGGACCGGGCGGCCUCCCAGAAGGUCAUCAAGGACCUGGUGAAGGUGGCGGUCAAGGUCUCCGUCCUCUUCCGCAACAGCCGCUUCAGCGAGGCCGAGCUGGCGGUGGCCGAGGACUUCAAGCAGAAGCUGCGCCAGGGAGCCAUGACGGCCGUCAGCUUCCACCAGGUGGCCUUCACCUUUGAGCAGGCCGUGCUGGGCCGCCUGCUGGAGGAGUGCCGGGACCUGCUGAUCCGGCUGGUGGAGAAGCACCUGACCCCCAAGUCCCACGGGCGCAUCCGCCACGUCUUCGACCACUUCGCCAACGCCGAACUGCUGGGCCGGCUCUACAGCCCCGGGAGUCCCUUCGAGCCCCACCUGGAGAGGGUCUGCCAGGGGCUCAACCAGCUCAUGGACCAAGGGAAGCUGUGACCGGCCCUCCCCACCCAAGCCAUGGGGGGAGGGGAGGGGGGUCUCUGGGUCAGCCAACGGAACUCACGGCCACUGGUUCCACGGCUGGGAUUUCGGACCUGGGCCUAAAGACUCAGCAGGCUGUGUUUGCAAUGGAUCAGUGAGGACUAGAAGCUUGGGAUGAAAGCGCUUGGCUUCUUCAACUGGAAGGGUCCCUGAAUGUGAAAGGGGUCCACUCGAUGGACAAUUCCUUCUGGCCGGAGGAUGUGGGGGGGCCCGGGGUGUUUCACAUCUUGGAUUGGGGAGGGGGAUUGUGGUCAAAUUGCUUUCCUUCCUUUUUGCUUCCCCCGGCAAGCAAUGCUUGGAAGGUGCCCGUUACAGCGUCUGCGGUGAAUUGAAUCUCAGAAUUGGACCUGCUUUGUGCCCUCAAGGGGA